CGUAAUUUUGAACAGAUGGGGAGCAGCCAGGCUUCGGAGAGUUAUAAGCUUGUAGUGAGACGUCCAUAAAUAUUUCUUUGGGGGAUGGAUAUUCCUUGUCGACACAUCGAAUGAAGGAAGACUUGAGCGCUGCUUUUCCGUGAUCAAUAUGAGUUCUCAUGUUAUCACCCCUGGACCGUACCGAGCCACGAAACUGUGGAAUGAGGUGACUCGAUUGUUUCGGGCUGGCAUGCCUCUCAGGAAGCACCGCCAGAACUUCAGGCACUAUGCUUCCUGCUUCACUGCUUCUGCUGCUGUCGAUUGGCUGCACCAGCUGCUCUGUAACAACAGCAACUUUGGCCCCGACGUUACAAGGCAACAAACAGUUCAGCUGCUGAAGAAGUUUCUGAAGAACCAUGUAAUCGAAGAUGUGAAGGGACGCUGGGGAACAGAAGAUCUGGAGGACAACAAUGUGCUGUACAGGUUCCCCUCCACAUCUCCUCUGAAGCCCAUCCCCUGUCCAGCUCCAGCCUCAGACUCCAGAACCAUAAAAAAGAGACCUUCAUUCAAGGAUAAAGAAGGUUUCUUCAAGUUUAGAAGCAUAAGGAGGCAGGAGAAGGAGACCCUGGAAAAUGUGGAUCCUGCACUCCAAACAGAGCAGGAAGGAGACAAUCAGCCAAUAGAAGAGCAGCAGAAACAAAGACGAAAGCUGACAAUGGAAGACGAGCAGGAGAUUUGGAGAGACGUCAUCCUGACCCACCUUCAGAGGAUUCUGGGUGUCCCGUCUCUUGAUGAGGUUUUAGACCAGCAUUACGUGAACCCACAGAACAUCAUCCACAACAUGACCAAAGUCAACAAACACGGAGUGGUCACACUGGACGACAAGACCAAUGACCUUCCAGACUGGGUUCUGUCUGCUAUGAAGAGCCUGGCCAAUUGGCCAAAGUACAACGGCACACAGCAGUCGUAUCCUGGCUUUGAAAGAGACGUCUUCAAAACAGUGUCUGAUUACUUCUAUAGCCUCCCGCAGCCAUUGCUCACAUAUGAACUCUAUGAACUGUUUAUCAACAUUUUGGUGUUCUGUGGCUACGUUGCAGCACCUGCUACACGCCAGCAAUUGAAACGCAAGAUGUCAGACCUUCCUGCAGUCCCCCCUCCAGCCAAGUCAUCGUUUCGCUCCACAGAGUGUCUCCUCCUGUCACUGCUCAGACAGGGGACGUGCGACGAGACGGAAUCGCCCAUGGGCGAGGUGAUUGGUGGGAAACUUCAGUCCCGGCUGGCAGCACUGAAAGGAGGCGUCGCCGAUGCAGGUGACGGCCCGUUAGGAGGCAGCUGCAUCAGCCUCUGUACAGCUGCUCCCACCAGACUUCAAACCAGGAGUUGCUCACUGGAAACUAUCCUCAGUGACUCUGCCCCUCUUACCAGACAACAGCUGUUUCUGUCCAAUGACAGCCUGGCAUCCUGCACCUAUAGCAACAGGAGCCAGGAUGACAGUUCUGCCAUCACAACACCUCACACUCACUCAGUCUCUACAUCUGUAUCCAAAGCAGCACCAGUUACUUCUGAAAACGCUCCAGGAGCUACAGCCAGAAAUAGGCUGUCUGCUGUUCGUGUGGCUGGACCGUCAGCUUCACACAGGUCACGUUCCUUGCAGCCACACGGCUUCAGCAGCUGUCUGGACAUCGUCGUAGAGACCAGGGAGGAAGAUGUCAAAGAGAUCAAGUGGCAGGGUCGAGCAGCCAGCUGCCUCAGCAUAAACACUCCCGCAAGCCAGCAUCAGGCUUCCUCAGCUUCACAUCCUCCCUCAAUGUCUUCCCGUCAUCCCUUCUCUUCCUCCUGUCAUCUUUUCCCUUCCUCUUUUUCAUCUGCUGCAACCAAAGUACAAGGGUCUAAUGCUGCUACAGGACCCAGUGGGCCCAGACCAGCCUCCAGCACCUCUAAUCUUUGGAUGCUUCCUGCACCUGCUGUAGUCCGCCGCUGCCUCAGCUCUCUGGAUGUGUCCAAUUGUUCACGACCUGUUUCACUGUUCAAAGCGCCUUUCUGUGUGUCCACCAGCAUCUCGCAGCCCCCCCAAAACCAAACUGAGCACAGUGUUCUUCAGCCUCAGUGUGAGCGUGUAGCCAUCGAGGCCCUGCAGCUUUGCACCCUUCUCCUUCCACCUGCCUCCCGCAGGAAGUUGCAGCUGCUCAUGAGGAUGGCAUCUCGCAUCAGCCAGAAUGUGGACAUGCCACGCCUCCACCCAGCCAUCGGCACCCGAACGUUGAUGGUUCACAUGUUUUCAGGCUGUGUCCUAGGCAGUGCUGAGGAGUGUGAUUUGGAUGAGUUGUUAGCUACCAGGCUGGUGUCAUUUUUAAUGGAUCAUCAGCAAACUAUCCUCUCAGUCCCAGAGUAUCUGCUCGGCGCUAUCAAUGACCAUAUACAGUAUCUGCGCACAGCACAGGUCCCGAUCGACUCUGUUUCAAAGAUUGAUGAAGGUGAUCCAGUUUGUCUUCCAGUGCCAAUCUACACAUUCUGCCAUCAGAUCAGUGGCACUGAGUUUGAACAGCAAAAACUGGAGUCUUCUCAGAAGGCCAUGGAGGAGCUGCUGGAGAUCCUGCUGACAGACCAAAACAUCAGUGAGAAGGACAGACGCAAGAAAUUGAAACAGUUUCAGAAGCAGUACCCGGACAUCUACAGGCGUCGAUUCCCCUCCUCAGACGGAGAGAGCAAGACUAACAACAAACCAAAGAUUAAACCUCCACUCCUCAACAUCAAGAAGACCAAAGCUUUCAGCAUCAGGAACUAAACGACCGUAGAAGCUGCAUUCUCGCUGCUCACAUCGUGUUUGGUGCACUGAUACGAAACUCUUGACAGGGGUUCUGAAAGGUUGUUUUUUCCCCUUGGCAGCCAAAAGCAGUGUGUUACAUUGAAAACGCUGUUGUUACUGUUGGGUUUAAAGUGAGUAAAUGCAGACUGGGUGAUUUUUUUUUUUAUUUUGUUAGUGGUUGAUUUGUGUAUUCAUGUGUUGUGUGUAUUUGUAUCGUUUUUCGAGCGUUAGAUGAAGGCUUUUGACGGUACGAUGGAGCCGUUCAAACCAUUGAGGUGGUUUGAACAUGUUUUAUGAAGCAAGGUAUUUUACCUGGGUUUUUUUGUUUGUUUUUUCCCCUCACUUUCCUUUGACGUUACUAUCUGAUACUGGAGUUUGUGUGUGUGUGUGUGUGUUCAGGUAAGUAAGCAAGUUUCAGAAAGCAACUGGGAGAAAAAUAUGCAAUUCAGAGAUCACUGGUCAAUAUGGGAACAAUUCGAUGUAUUUCUUAAUUUGUAUGAAUGCUGACAGUGGGAGAAGUGCUAGCUGUUGUUUGUGUUUCUUGUUAUGUCUCAUAAAGUUUUCUAGAUAUUUUAUACCAUAGAUGUUUAAGUUCUGUUUGAAACUGUUUUUCAGGCCUGAUGUUCAGCAAUUUCUCUUUUUUUGUUGAGUGAUUCUCACCUUAUUUUUCCUUCUGUGGAGUGCGGUGUUUUUAAAGCCUCUUUUACAAUCUUGGUUUUAUUUCUUGGUGAUUUUCAGUGUGGCUGCUUUUUCACAUCCAGCUCCGUUAUUUUUAAAUCAAGCCGGUUUUUCCAGUUUAACUUCUCGUGCUUGUGUGUCUCAUCCCUGCUUUGUUUGGUGGAUUUUUGCACUUGGGUCAGGCAUUAUGAAUGGCCACCAAGCCUUUAUCAUCAGUAUGCUUAAUUUAUACAUAUUUAAUGCUUAUUAGAGUCCCUAACAAAGCUUUUCAUCAGACACCCGAUAUGCUCAGGUAUUACCUAAUGAGUGUUUGACCUGAAUGCAUGUCUAUUCAUUCCAGUGCUGACAGGUAUUUGGUUAGCUGAGGUGAAUUACACAACUCCUAUCAAGUGUCUAAAGACAUCUUAACAAAUUCAAACUGUCACGUGUCAAACUGUCCUUUUUAUUUAUCUAAAGCUACAUGAAGUAUUACUUCUACCCUCAUAUGUUUGUGUUUACCUCAGAUCAAAUGGUGAGUUCAUGUUCCACCACAUUCAUCAUCGAUGUUCUCUGUAUUUUGUAUCUACAAUUGUUCCUUUACAUUGUUUACUAUGCAAAGU